GCCCAGCAGCGACUGAAGAUCCUUGAGGAGCUUGAGAAGGGGGGUGCCUUCACUCGUCUCAAUGGUUGGUCAGGCUAUCUCCAGUCACAUGUGAGGACACGUAUGCUCAAUGCGAUAAUCGAGAAGCAGGAGAUGACGAUCGAUGAGGUGCUCUUGAAGGAGAAGGGCUACGGCGAGGGAAGAUUCGAGUUUCAGUGCGGCGCAGAACGACGCUGUUGGCGCUACUUGGACUAUAAGGACAGGUCACAUCAGAUUGUUGUGCCCAACGAGAAGGAGGAGCCGGUGAAGGUGGCGGUGGCGGCACAGUUGACACUGAACGGGCAAUCAGAUCGCGAAUGGCCAUGUGAGGGUUGGCGUGAAUUCCUCGCCAACGAAGACCCAGCUGCACUCGUACCAGGGAAGAGACCCAGAUGCCCACGCUGUCAGGACAACCAUCCAAAGCAAGGGAAGGCACCAUUUCAGGUGCCCUGGAGCUUCAAUGAGCAUCCGGUUGACACACAGGAGCUGAUCUUGAUGGGGACCCAUUCACCAUUGAAACACAGGCCGGCUUUCGCUUAUGGCAUCAGAGCGCAGGAGGUUUUCGUAGGUUCGGGGUCAUGGACCAAGGCAAUGGAGGAAGCAGGCUUGGCCUCUAACGAGCCCAUCGAGCUGUUCAGUGACCCGUUGCAAAAACGGGGCCGACGUGACCACUUCGACCUGAAGGAUGAGAAGGGGGCAAGCUUCUACUUGCAGGAUCUUGCAGGCAACAAUGGAGCUUCCAGGUCCAUGCGCCGCGAAUGUCUGGGAAUUCGGCGCGCCGUGCACCAGCUAUUGUAUAACUACUUUUGUGACCUCACCUGCCGCACGCGCGAGUCCCUCUACGAUCACGACAAGGAGUUCAUCCUGGAAUCCUCGAUGCCUUCAGGAAGAUAUCCCAAGAUUUGGGAUCAGCCUGCUGUCCAGCGCCUUCAACAAUCCACAGGAGCGCUCAUCGUACCCACUCACUUGCGCGAAUGGGGCUCAGCACCCACCGACAAGCCCGAGAUGAGAUACAAAAAGGGCUAG